AUGUCCCUGCUGCGCGAGGCAGAGCGAUGUAUCGCUAACCAUAUACCUAGUCUCAAUGCCUUCAUCACACCACUCCGUGCGGGCCAAUGGCUGGAUCGUGUGAGAGAAGCAGACCGGCGCAAGGAGCAAGGGAAGCCCACGUCCGCCGUGGAUGGCCGUUUAAUCGCCAUAAAAGAUAAUAUCUGCACGCGCGAUGUGCCGACGACCUGCGGCUCGGGCACCUUGGAUCAUUUCACCAGUCCAUUCAAUGCGACAGUUGUCGAGCAGCUCGAGGCGGCAGGGGCCGUCAUCGCAGGGAAAACAAACCUGGAUGAGUUUGGGAUGGGAUCACAUUCGGUACAUUCACACUUUGGGCCCGUCAAAAAUUCGCGUUGCCAUCGCAGUGGGCAAGAUCUCUCGGCGGGGGGCAGCUCCGGCGGAAGUGCCGUAGCCGUGGCGGCGGACCAAUGCUAUGUCGCACUCGGGACCGACACGGGAGGCUCGGUUAGGCUUCCUGCCGCAUAUACUGGAACAGUGGGUUUCAAACCCUCUUAUGGACUGAUCUCGCGAUGGGGAGUGGUCGCGUAUGCCAAUUCUCUGGAUACCGUGGGCAUUCUGGGGAGGAACACCGCCAGUGUUCGAGAUAUCUUCGCUAUUUUGAACCAGCAUGAUGCACGCGAUCCAACCAGUCUCUCACCCUCUUCUCGCUCCCGCAUUACAUCUCAUAUCCAGGCGCCACCACUUGCCUCACGCUUGUCCUCAUCGCCCAUUAGAAUCGGCGUGCCAAUAGAAUACAACAUCUCGGAACUGAGCCCCUCGGUUCGGCAUGCUUGGCUUCUGACGCUGUCACACUUGCGAGAGCAGGGCCAUACAAUUCACACCGUUUCUCUCCCAGCAACCAAACAUGCCUUGUCGGCGUACUACGUCCUCGCGCCGGCCGAGGCAUCUUCGAAUCUCGCCAAGUAUGACGGCGUGCGAUAUGGGACUCGCACUGAAGGCCCAGAUAGCGAUAGAAGACCGGAUGGCUAUUUAUAUGCCAACACACGGGGAAACGGAUUCGGGCCUGAGGUGCAGCGACGAAUUCUGCUGGGCACAUAUAGUUUAAGCGCCGAUGCCAUGGACAAUUACUUCAUUCAAGCACAAAGAGUCCGUCGGCUCGUCCAGCAGGACUUCAAUGCGGUGUUCGCGGCCCAGCAUCUGUUGGCCACGGCCCAAGCGCAGGACGCAAAGGGUCGUCAGGAACUGGCAGAUGUAGACGUUCUGAUAUGUCCCACGGCUCCUUCCCCGCCGCCACUGCUGUCCAAACUCGGCUCUUCGCCCUUGGAUGCAUAUGUCAACGAUGUUUUCACUGUUCCUGCCAGUCUGGCUGGUCUCCCUGCCAUCUCUGUGCCGGUCACGGUCACCGGUACCACCCAGGACGCGGAUGCGGACGCGGCCGAAGUGGUUGGGAUCCAGGUUCUGGGCCAAUAUGGAGAUGAUAUGCUGGUUAUGCAAGUGGGAGAGCUGCUGGAAGGCAAAAAGCUGGACGCAUCAUGUCUCCACCAAGCCCAUUGA